AUGGAAUGGAGGGUAAGGAGGGAGCUUUUCCCUGGCCGCUGUGUAGAAGUGAGUAGGCUGAGGAGGAGCUUCCCUUGGACCCCUGUGUAAGGGUGAGUAUUAUGAGGAUUGAGCUUCCCUGUCCCUGGCCCUGUGUAUAAUGAGUAAGGAUGAGGGAGAGGGAGCUUCCCUCCCCCUUCCCUGGGUCCUGUGUAGGGUGGAGGAGGCGGAGGGGCUUCCCUGGUGCCCUGUGUAAGGUGUGAGUAGUGGGAGUAGGAGGGAGCUUCCCUGGCCCCUGUGUUAUGGUGGUCAGUAGUAGGAUGGGAUCUUCCCUGUCCCUGGUAGAGUGAGUAGGAAGGAGGAGGGGAGCUUCCCUUCCUGGCCAUUUUUAGAGUGAGUAUGAGGAGGAGGGGGAGGGGGCUUUUCACUGCCCGUGUAAGGGUGAGUAGGAGUAGGAGGGAGCUUCCCUGGCCCUGUGUAGAGUGAUUUAGUGGGAGGAGGGAGGGAGCUUUCCCUGGCACCUGUGUAGAUUGAGUCGGAGUUGAUUGUAGUCAUACCCUUUUUCCCUGUUUAUAUUAAUCGUAUUAGUAUGUCUAUCUGUGUUAGCAUGCUUUCCCUGUCGCCCUGUGGAGAGGGGAGUAGGAUGAGAGGGGCUCUCCCUGCCCUGUGUAGGGUGAGUAGGAGGAGGAGGGAGCUUCCCUGGCCCUGUGUAGAGUGAGUAGGAGGAGGAGGGAGCUUCCCUGGCCCUGUGUAGGGUGAGUAGGAGGAGGAGGGAGCUUCCCUGCCCUGUGUAGGGGUUAGGAGGAGGAGGGAGCUUCCCUGGCCCUGUGUAAUUUAGUAGGAGAAGAAGGGACUUCCCUGGCCCUGUGUAGAGUGAAGUAGGGGAGGAAGGAGCUUCCCUGGCCCUUGUAGGGUGAUUAGAGGAGGGAGCUUCCCUGGCCCGUGUAAGUGGAGUAGGAGGAGGAGGGAGCUUCCCUGGCCCUGUGUAGAGUGAGUAGGAGGAGGAAGAGCCCUUUCCCUUUCCCCCGUGUAGGGUGAGUAGGAGGGGAGGAGCUUCCCUGGCCCGUGUUUGGGUGAGUAGGGGGAGGGGGGGCUUCCCUGGCCCUGUGUAAGUGAGUAGGAGGAGGAGGGAGCUUUCCUGGCCCCCGUUUAGGUGAGUAAGGAGGAGGAGCUUCCCUGCCCUGUUUGAGUGAGUAGGAGGAGGAGGGGCUUCCCUGGCCCGUGUAGGGUGAUAGGAGGAGGAGGAGCUUCCCUGGCCCUGUUAGGUUGAUUUGGAGGAAGGAGGGACUUCCCUGGCCCUUGUAGGGUGAGUAGGAGAGGAGGAGCUUCCCCGGCCCUUUUGUAGAGUGAGUAGGAGGAGGAGGGAGCUUCCUGGCCCUUGUAGGUUUAGUAGGAGGAGGAGCUUCCCUGGCCCCCGUGUAGAUGAUAGGAGAGGAGGGAGCUUCCCUGGCCCUGUGUAGAGUGAGUAGGAGGAGGAGGGAGCUUCCCUGGCCCUGUUAGAGUGAGUAGAGGGGAAGGACUUCCCUGCCCUGGUUAGGGUGAAAUAGGAAGGAGGAGGGAGCUUCCUGGCCCUGGUAGGGGGAAAUAGUAGGAGGAGGGGGCUUCCUGCCCUGUGUAGAGUGAUGGAGGGGGGACUUCCCGGCCCCCGUGUAGGGUAGUAGGAGGGGGGGAGCUUUCACGGCCCUGUUAGAGUGAGUAGGAGGGGAGGGAGCUUCCCUGGCCCUGUGUAGGGGGAGUAGGGGGGAGGAGGAGCGUCCCUGGCCCUGUGUAGGGGGAUGGAGGAGGAAGGAGCUUCCCUGGCCCUUGUGUAGGGUGAGUGGAGGAGGAGGAGCUUCCCUGGCCCUGUGUAGAGUGAGUAGGAGGAGGAGGGAGCUUCCCUGGCCCUGUGUAAGGUGAGUAGGAGGAGGAUGGAGCUUCCCUGGCCCUGUGUAGGGUGAGUAGGGGGUGGAGGAAGCUUCCCUGGCCCUGUGUAGGGUGAGUAGGAGGAGGAGGAGCUUCCCUGGCCUGUUUAGGUGAUAGGAGGAGGAGGGCGCUUCCCUGGCUUGUCUUUGGGUUAUUCAAACCUUUAUACUGCACACCUCAGCACAUCAAUCUGUCAAUAGCCUCCCCCUGUUUCCCCCCUCUGCCUCCCCCUGUUCCCCCCCUCUGCCUCCCCCUGUUUUCCCCCCCCUGCCUCCCCCCUUUUCCCCCCCCCUCUGCCUCCCCUGUUUCCCCCCUCUGCCUCCCCCUGUUCCCCCCCUGCCUCCCCUGUUCCCCUCUGCUCCCCCUGUUCCCCCCUCUCCUCCCCUGUUUUCCCCCCUCUGCCUCCCCCGUUUCCCCCCCCUUCUGCCUCCCCCUUUCCCCCUCUGUUUCCCCGGUUCCCUCUCUUGGGCCCCCCCCUGUUUUCCCCCCGCCCCCUCUGCCUCCCCCUGUUCCCCCCCCUCUGCCUCCCCCUGUUCCCCCCUCUGCCCCCCCUGUUCCCCCUCGCCUCCCCCUGUUUCCCCCCCCUCGCCUCCCCUGCCCCCGCCUCCCCCGUUUUCCC